CCAACGCUCUCCUCUCCUCAAUAAAGGAAGCGACAAAGUCCUCUCUCCUUCCCCCACCCCCGUCACCUCCUCUCCCCCUCCGCAGGCAGCAGCAGCAGCAGCACACGACAUGAAGGUACAGUGCGACGUCUGCGCGGCAGAGGCCGCUGAGGUGUACUGCUGCGCCGACGAAGCCGCGCUCUGCGGCCGCUGCGACCGUCACGUCCACCGCGCGAACCGGCUCGCCGGCAAGCACCACCGCUUCUCGCUCCUCCACCCUUCCUCUUCCGCCCAAUCCCCGCCGCUUUGCGAUGUUUGUAAGGAGAAGAGGGGGCUGCUCUUCUGCCAGGAGGACCGCGCGAUCUUGUGCAGGGACUGCGACGUCCCGAUCCACAGCGCCACCGCGCUCACCAUGAAGCACAACAGAUUCCUCCUUACCGGCCUCAGCGUCUCGGCCGCUCCGCUCCCGCCGUCGCUGUCCGCGGAGGCCGAGGCGGUGGACUGUCCGCGCGGCAGCGGCGUGAGGGCCAAGAGCAGCAGCAGCAGCAGCUCAGCCACCACGGCGGCGACCACGAACAGCAACAGCAGCAGCAUCUCAGAGUACCUGAUCAAGAUGCUGCCGGGGUGGCACGUCGAGGACUUCCUGACCGACGACGCCGCCUUGUGCAAGACGGAGGAAGAGGAGGAGGAGGUCGAGCCGCUGUGUGGAUCGAACGCCAUUGGUGGGGCUCUUCCAGUUCCUCGAGUCCCGCAUUGGUUCUCAGGCGGCGAGGGAAUCGGGCUGGAGCAGGUAGAGUUGAAGGCAAGCAGCUGCAACAAGAGGCCGAGGAUAUCAGUAAGGUACCUGUAGCAAACGUGUAGUCACACCAAACAAUGGUCAGAUUUCACCGAGAGGAUGAACACAAUCAACAAUCCCAGCUGUGAGACGCAUUCUUUUUUUGAGCUUUUGGGGUGCCCAGCGCUGUUAAGCUGUCUGCCCCUCUCCGAAUGAGAAAGCUUUCAUGACGCCGAAACUAGUAGACUUACCUGUGUGGUUGGACAUGCUUAGUACCAACAUGUACCUUUUUUUUUCUCUCCUUCUCCUUUUCCAGCCUUUUGGCCAUUUUUAUCCUGAUUUUUUUUUUCUCUUUCUUCUUUCUUUACUAUGUGAAGGAAAGAUAGAGAGAGGGUAGUCCAUCUCAGGAUGCAUCUGUUGUGGCCAACUCCAUCGGUUGUUAAUUAAAUUGAUAUGAUGCGUGUCAUUUGUAUUA